CUUUCUCAUCUUUAGAGGAUUCCAUGGAGAAGUGAAAUUCUAAUCAAAAUGUUUUAGUAUUUAUUUAUACCGUAAUAAUGUUUGUUUACAUUCUACAGGAUAUUAACCAUGGUUGACCAGAAAUUGAUCAUUUAAAUCAACAUCUUAAUCCUUAAGGGUUUUCUAUGCACCUGUCAAGUAUGCUCAUCCAUUCAAACAUUUUCUUUACUGUUAUGAUAAACGAGUGAGGGAGAAUUACCGAUGAGAUUUAAAAUAUCUCUUUUACCCCACAUUUAUAGUCAAUAUUUCAAUUCGGAUUUAUUUUCACAUUGUGUCACUGUAAACCCAUUAAAUAAUUUGAUUGUUAUAUGAUAUUUUGUACAACCAAUAGCCGGAUACCGCCUGGUGUAUCUGUACAUGUGCAUUUGUGUUUUUUCAAGUACAAUUGUAUUGUUAGUUUUAUGUCAGUGAAACCUUUUGUGAUGGUUACGUUGUAUGACAGUCAAAGGGAAAUGAUAAAGAUCGGACAAUAGUAUUAUUAACGUUUUACGAAACAAAUAACAACAACUCUACCUAGAAUGAUCCUGGUGCGGUAUUGGCUAUGAAUUCAUACUAAUCGUCAGUAUGUGAUUGUGAAAUGAUUACAGUGUCGCAUAUUAUUCAUGAGAGCCGUUAUUCACACCUUCUUACCUUCACAGCAAACCAUAAUCAUUAUAUUUAUCUAAGCCAAACUAAUAGUCCCCUUGUGAUCAGCAAAAUUCGCGUUUUGAAGAAUAAAUGAGGAAAAUGAAAUAAUCAUCGCACACUUGUUAGGAAUCUAUCUUCGAUCUAUGACAACUAAUAGGAAGAAUUAUAUCAAUGUAUAUAUAUGUUACUAAACGUUUAUCCACCAUUUAAUUGGUUGUCCGGAGCUGAAACAUACUGACUGAUACUUGUGCGACUAUAUCGGUUUCUACAGAGAAUAUCAGAUUACUAUUCCCUAUGCAUGCCAGGCAACAUCAUUAACUGUCAUAUACUAAAACUGGUGUAAAUUAGAAUACUGUUGACGUUUCAAAUUAAAAAAUAUUGGAUAAUAUCACACUUCUCAAAGAUAAUUUCAUGUUCAUAAAUUAUGACUCGUGACGGAUUUAAUUAAAACUUCAAUCUACUAACGUGUGAAGUACCCGUGGAAUUAUUACAGAGAUAUGGAGGGUGGGAGUUAUCAUAUUUCUGUAACGAGAAGUUUCUUACCUUUGUGGAUAAAAUAGAAAUACAAACUUUAUUGAAUAUUCAGUCUUGAGGAGGAAUUUCAUCUUCUUUUAAUGUUUUCGUGAAAAGAUUUAUUGGAAAUAACAUGAUUAAAUAAGAUUUCAUCGAAAACAAAUUGAAUAAUUUUAACCACCGUUAUUAGUAAUUUGUAUAAUCUGUAAAAAAAAUCAUGACAGUUAUAAAAGAUAUACUGUAAGCCGAUUACAGUUUGUCAUUUUAAAAGCAAAAAGGUGCAAAGCAUUCUCCGCAAAAUCUUAAGAUGUCGAUUAAAUCAGAAGAGGAUGAGAAAUCUGCGGACAUUGAAUUACAUACAGUUAGUCGUCAGAAACUAAGGACAGAAAAUGGAAGCGUCCCGAAAGAACAAACACAUUCAGACUCGGAAUUGUCGAACAACAGUUUUUCACUAAAACAGAGAAAGCAAACAAGAUGGACAAGUGUUCGUAACGUGAUUCAAGCGACAAAUAUCGUAAAAAAGCCAAUGAGUGCAAAGAAAAAAGGAUCUCUCAGUCGACAGGAUUCUUUUCUGAAAAAAUUUUCUACGCGACAGCAUUAUAAAACUGACUCUGAAGAAUCCGUAGACUCUGACGAUGAGAUGCCAGGAGUUGUGUAUGUACAUAACGAUGUGACUGUAUUCAAGCCGGACGGUUCGCCGAUGUUCUACUGGUUACUAAUAGUCACAGUGGCUGUGUUAUAUAAUUUAUGGACCUGUAUAGUUAGACAGGCUUUCCGUGAAUUACAAUACGAUCAUAAGUAUAUGUGGAUAACGUUUGAUAUCGUUAGUGAUCUAAUAUACAUUCUGGAUAUUGUCGCUCAACUCCGUACGGGAUAUUUAGAACAAGGAUUAAUGGUGCUGGAUGGCGUGAAAUUAGCCAAAAGAUACAUACGUUCUGUCUACUUCAAAAUAGACAUAAUUACUUUAUUACCGUUUGAUUUUAUACAAUUUGCAGUCGGUUGGCAACCAUUGCUGAGAUUUCCACGAUUUCUUAAAGUUCAUAGGUCACUUCGAUUUUUAUAUAUGCUAGAGACAAGGACCGCAUAUCCAAAUUUUGUGCGCGUUGCAAAUUUAACGCAUAUGCUAUUCCUUGGAUGUCAUUGGUUUGCUGCAUUUUACUUUAUGAUAUCCGAAGCUGAAGGUUUUCAUAGUGAAUGGUCCUAUCCACAACCAUCAGGAAGUCACCAGGCCUUGACCCGGAAAUAUUUAGCGUCUCUGUUUUGGUCUACCUUAACCUUGACUACUAUUGGCGAUUUACCACCACCUGAAACAAAUUGGGAGUACUUGUUUGUGAUUGGUAGUUACCUCAUUGGUGUGUUCAUAUUUGCUACAAUUGUUGGACAAGUUGGUAAUGUGAUUACGAACAGGAAUGCCAGUCGACUUGAAUUUGAACGACUCUUGGACGGAGCAAAGCUUUAUAUGCGGAUGCACAAUGUACCCCCACCUGUACAGAGACGAGUUCAGCGAUGGUAUGACUAUGUAUGGACAAGAGGAAGAAUGACUGGUUCCGAUAUAAACUCUCUAGGACUCUUACCGGAUAAACUUAAAACAGAACUAGCAAUACAUGUCAACUUAGAAACACUUAAAAAGGUAACAAUAUUCAAUGAGUGCCAGCCAGAGUUUCUUCAUGACCUUGUCCUGAAAAUGAAAGCUUACAUAUUUACCCCUGGUGAUCUGAUUUGUAGGAGAGGUGAAGUUGCAAGGGAAAUGUUUAUUAUUGCAGACGGGGUUGUUGAAAUCAUCAGUGAAAGUGGAAAUGUAUUGACACAAAUGAGUACCGGAAAUUUCUUUGGUGAAAUAGGAAUAUUAAACCUAGAUGGAGGUAUUAACAGGAGAACAGCUGAUGUAAAGUCAGUUGGAUAUGCGGAGCUAUUUGUGCUAUCACGCGAGGACGUACUAGAAGCUUUGAAAGAUCACCCGGAUGCCAAGGAUAUAAUACGUAAAUAUGCAGAGCAAAGGUUAAAACAGGUUCUUCAAGAUCGUGAAAAAUUACAGCAAAUGAAGUCAAGUGGUAGUGAAACGACACUUAACCAAUUGUUGGUAUAUCCUCGUACGUCAUUAUUUUCAUCAUUAAGGAGAAAAAGUACUGGAACCAUUUCAAAACGUAGAAACUCAUCGAGUAGAAAUUUAGAUAAAUUAUUUAAGCGAACUAAAGCAAAGAAAUCAAAAUAUCGGGUUGGAUCGUCAUGCCAACCGGUAAUACGUGUUCAUGACGUAAAUGGAGAUUCAAUAUCCAUUAGUGACGUUACGGGUGUACAUGCAUCUGAAAACGAUUAUCAAGCAUGCGCUGUGAUAGAACAAAGUAGAGAUACUAGCUCUGACGAUUCUUUAGUUAGUAGUUGUUUGAAAGCUAUCCCUUUACUAACUAGUGUCCAAAACAAAGUAAAUGAAGCUAUAACUAACACUGCUGAAUGCCUCUGUGAUACUCAAUCAAAUAAUGACACUCCAGAUAGUGAACUUCACGUAUUAACCAUUGAAAAAAAUGUUCGGGAAUCAAAUCAAACGGAAAGAACAAUUGAAAGGUCUCAUACAAACACUGACCCGGAGGACCAGCAAUCCGAUCAAACAUGUUGCCGAUGUGGCCAUCUAGAAGAAAAGUUAUUUCUUAUUCAAAAACAAUUGAUUUCCGUAGAAAAGUUAUAUGCAGUGGGUAUAAAACAACUAGAGACAUUUAACGAAAUUAAUGAGAAAUAUGUUCAGAUGUUAAAUAACAUUCCAGAUUAUAAUGAUCAACCCAUGGAUUCUUCCGAUGACAAUGAAAAAAUAAUGGAAUCUACAAAAUUAUGAACUGCUGCAUUCAAGCCAUUAAAUGGUUUAUAAGUAUCAAAUGCAGCUAAAACAUUGCCUGUGAAAGCUGAUCAAUAACGUCCAAAAAAUACUUGUAAACACAAGUUAACGCAAAUACUUGGUUCUAAUGCGAUUUAACAUUUUUGAAAAUGAGAAUCUAUGAUGCUGCUUAAUUAAGAAUAUAAGGUGCACAUUGGUGACAUCAAAAUCAAAAUGUUGACCCGCCGAUAUACAAGUUUUGUUAAUGUAAUAUAAUGUUAAAUUAACUGGUAUGCACAUAUGGAUACGUACACGUAUCAAGCAUUUUUGAUUUUGUUGAUAUUACCGAAAUAUACAUGUUUGAUAAACUUA